CUUUUAUUGAUUAUCUCUAAUACUUUGAUUUUAUUUAUAACUAAGAAUGGGUCAGUCUUGUUCAGAUAUUCGUCAGAAGUAUUGUUUGUUUUGCAAGAAGAACAAUAAUGCAGUUGGGAGUUGCAAGCCUUGUGAACAACAGGCUGGAACUACUUGUCAAAAACCUCCUACCCCUCCUCCUGCACAUGAGAACAAAACAGAUGAUAAUAAGCCUCAAAACCCAUAAAUGUUGUCAUAGAAACUAGACUAUGUUGUACUCAAGUGCAAAUACUAAAGCAAAUUCAUGUAGUAUCACUAUGUAUUUACUUAAUAAUUGACUAGGUUUGUAACCUAAGGUGUUUAUCUUUUGAAGUAGAAGUUUGUAAUUUCUCUGAUUAUUUAUGUUGUGCAUAUUGAAUAUUUUCGCUGAUUUGUGAAUGAUAUUUAUAUUUUUAGAUAUUUGUUUGGCUCUUUUUUUAUUCCCGGGAUAUGUCUUGAAGAUUCCAAUCUUAAGCCCAGUAGAUUAAUCAUACUUAAGUUAUGAAGAUGAGAAAUGAAGAGUAAUAUUUAUGAUGUUAAUGUAUUUGAUUAUUAUAAAUCUGGUCAUUCUGUAGUUUUUAAGAUUAAGAUUACAGAUAUAAAUCGUAAAGAAAGUUGGUACAUAAGUAAAAGCUACAAAGAGUUUGUACAAGUUGAUGAUUUUUUUCGUUUAAGAUAUCCCUCAAUCCCAGAGCUUCCAUAUGAAGGAUGGUGGUGGCAACAUAAUGACCAAUUUUAUAAAUAUCAAUUAGAAGAGUUACAAGCUUAUAUGGAUAGUAUUUUAAAGAAUGACCCAGGAAUUGAGAAUAUGGUACUUAAAUAUUUUCUAGAUUUACACUUGAUUAUAGGUGAUAAUAUAGAGAAUGAAAUAGUUGGAUAUGAAGUAUCAGAUACAAAUAUCCUUGAAUAUAUGAAAACUAAUCUUUUAGAUUUAUCACAUCCUAUAGAACGUACCUUAUCUCCAAUGGAACAGAGAGCUAGGGAAAGUGCAUAUAAGUGUUAUUUUGAGGAGAGUGGAAUUUUAUCUAUAUCUGUAGAUUGUAAUAAACAGAUUUCAGGACUUUUAUCUAGAAUGAAAAUAUCUCUUCCAAAUACAAUAACAAAGGAUUUAACUAAUAUUCAACUAAAAUCAAAGAUAGAUGAAUUAACAAAUGAAGCAAAUACUGAUAUUGGCAAGUAAAUAUAUACAAGAAUAUACUAUAAAUUUACAGCUUCACUAUCAAACUUAAUAUCUUUUUUCUAUUGAUUUUAGAUAUAAUAAAUAAAUUAAAAAAAUUCUGUGUUCAAGUAAAACAAGAUCUUAGUACUAAAUUAAGAUUAGAAGAUAUUGAAAAGUCCAAAGUAGUCUUCCCAAAAAUAGAGUAAUU